AAUAUUUAAACUGCUCGUGUUUCUACCAACUACAGCAGUUGUUCAGAAGCAUUAGUCGCGAAAAGUAUACAGUGCAAAGUCGUUCUGAAAUUUUUAUUAAAAACAUGUGGUUGUUAAUAUUUUUGCUUCCGUUCUUUGGCGAUUUUGCGAUAGCCGCAGCGCCUCAGCAGGUAACGCCUCAGUCAUCGCCAACCGGUGGUCUCGCCAGUGUUUUUACAAGUCAAGGUCAAUUUGUUCACAGCUUGAAAACUGAUCUAAGGGAUACCAUUCUAAUGCAACAGAUGGCAACGGAAGCUAGAAAGUUUGAUGAUUAUUCUCAUACUUAUUCGCAUGGCGUUUCAGAAAUGUUAACUGAAUUGAGAUCGUUCAUCAUAAGUGGAGAGGACAACCUUUUUGAUGCCAUUAAACCAGUACAUGGAUGGUGCGGCACCGCAAAAGAUUUGUUAAAGGCCUAUACAAGUCUUUUUCAUCAAUCCAACCCCGAGUCCAUCGAAGCGCAGAACCAGAUUAUCCAAAGCAUGUUCGCUGAAGACAUCUCCACUACCGUAUCAACCGAAUUAAAUAAAUUGUCGAAUAAUUUGAACAGAGCUUCGACCACGCUAUCAUCGAUAUUUACUCAAUUCGAUGCCGAUUUUUCUGAGCAAAGUCCAUUCUUCGAAUCAACAUUGCGAAAUGAGUUUGUUAAGGAGAAUAAUAAGCGGUACACGUCAGAGCUCAUUAAUAGUAUCAUUGCAGCUCUAAAAAAAUUCACCGCCAACACUCAACAAGUGAUUGCAGAAGGUGCUAUAAAAGUUGCGGCAGCAGCUCUCGAGGAUCAUCAAGUUCUCGACCUAGCCGAAGCAGUAUCUCAAGCCAAUCAACAACAACAACCAGCUGGCGGAUCUGCCGGCAACCAGCAAGGAACCCAAGCACCAACUGCAGUCGAUGUACAAUUAUACCUACCAUACAAAGAUCGCGUCGUGUAUCGAUUCAGCCAAACAAAAGAUUUCUUCAAAAACUUUGAACGUCAGCUCAAGGAAAUGAUUCGUCAUACUAAUGAAGUGAAAUCGAAACUUGCACAACACGACCAACUUGUUAAAAGUUCGAAGAUGACUGAAUAUGCAGUGAGCGUCCGAUUGCCUGCGGCUCAAGAAAAUCACACGAAGCGUGCUGCUCAAUCAUUGAUGAAUCAAUGUAAAAGUUUCAAUUUGACUCCUUUGACACAUUAAUUUUGAUCCUAAAAAUCGUUAAAGUAACAUUUUGUUUAUUCACAAUUUGGUUUUUGCUCAGUCUUUUUCAGCCUUUUUUCGAUUAAUUCUAAUUAAUAAAUUUGCCGCCUUAUCAAACGUAUAAGGGACCAAGAUCAUGUUAAUUUUAUUCUUUCGCCAAAUAAACGUUUUCAUUAAAGAAGCAGACAUCAAA